CGGCGUCGCGACGAUAAGUCCGCGACGAACCGUUUUCAGUACAGUUGUGUGAUGGCGACGACAACAUACCUCUCGUCGAGUGCAGUGUGUUCUGAUCCUGUUGGACUUGGUGUUCCAGACUGUCUAGCAAUGAAUAUAGUCAAUCAUCAAGGUUACGGUCGUGAACAUCACGAAAUGAAAUAUAUGCCCCAGCCUCAACCUCCAAUGCCACAUAACCCGUGGAUGGGGUUGCCGUCUACUGAUCAUUCGCAUUGGGCAUCUGCGAUGCAUCCACAUGGUCUUCACCAGGAUAUAAAACCUCAACAUGCAGAUAUUGGAAUUCAUCACAGGCAUCCUAUGGCACACAGUUGGCAGCCGCCAGUUAGUUCCCCUUACAGUAUUGCCACUUCAAGUAAUGGAGGAUCGCCAUUAGCACAUCAUCCUGCAGCUUACGGAAUGACCGGUAUGUUGCCACCACAAAUGCACACUGGUCAUCACCUCAGAGAUAUGCACUGCGAAUCUCCCAUUUCGCAGGACCAUGGUCAUCACGAACACGAAGAAGAAACUCCCACUUCUGAUGAUCUUGAACAGUUUGCAAAAUCUUUCAAGCAACGCCGUAUCAAAUUAGGAUUUACCCAGGCCGACGUCGGAUUAGCUCUUGGCACUCUGUACGGUAACGUAUUUUCACAAACCACAAUCUGCAGGUUUGAGGCGUUGCAAUUAUCUUUUAAGAAUAUGUGUAAACUGAAGCCUUUAUUGAUGAAGUGGCUCGAUGAAGCAGAUUCAACCACGGGCAGCCCCACUUCAAUAGACAAAAUCGCGGCUCAAGGCAGAAAAAGGAAAAAGCGAACUUCAAUUGAAGUUUCAGUCAAAGGGGCUCUGGAGCAGCAUUUUACCAAGCAGCCAAAACCCGCGGCGCCCGAAAUUUCACACCUCGCAGAGACCCUCCAGCUGGAGAAGGAAGUAGUUCGAGUUUGGUUUUGCAACAGACGGCAGAAAGAAAAGAGGAUGACGCCACCUGUUCUUGGUGGACAGCAGGAUCAUCCUACAGUCAAUGGAACUAUUCCCAAUCAACAAAUUUCUACAGCUUCGGACUAUGGUCAAACACGGGGGGUGGAGAUGCCCAGGGAACUUAAAUAUGCUGCCUACGCACAUCAAAAUAUGCACGGGUCACCUACUCCAUUACCUCCUCAGCAUUCCCCUCCUGGUCCCAUUCUGACCCCACAAAUGCCUACCCACAGUGCCGCACCAACGCUAACGGCGUCCCAUUGAUGUUCAGCCCCCAGGCCCGAGUCAGAGCCUACUUAUCCGGUAACCUCCGAUGCUGCUGAAACCUCCCUCGGCAGCAUGGCAGAUAACCGAACCCUAUCGCACUGGAAUGGUUUCACUACGAAACUAUCUUGCGGAAGGAAUUCACCGGUAGUAGCUCCAACAUCUACCAUGCCAGACAUGUCUAGCAGUGGUUGGCACGCGGCCUGGAUUUCCGAUGCUCUCAAGCAGCAGCAACGGAAUUUUAAUAUGAACAAAUUUCCAUGCUAAGGGAGGCACUCAUUCCACACAGAUCAAGAAUUUCUGGUCCAAACGUAAACUUAUGAUCCUGAUAAUGUCUCGAAGUGAACAUAACCUUUGAUUAAUUCGUGAAAAUGAAAGCUGUUUGAAAACAAACUUGUUAGUGGGUCUGUUUACUUUUCACGGUGUUUAAAAAGUGAGUGAUACACAUAUUUAACUGCUGAUUGUGAAAAUGAUGCCUGUCUAUUAUUCGACUGUUAUUUUGUCAUAAUUCGCUUCAAACUUCUCAAAUGUUUUACCUGCGGCAGAAUUUGUCUUCCAAUCGAGGAAUGAUGAAGAGUUUUUCAACACUCCUCUUGGAACGUAUUAUCUUCGCUCCCAUUCGAGGCAUGCACUCCUCUGUGAGCAUAUCUUGGGAGGACAUCAUCUUGCCGAAUUUGGAGCCCAGAGUAUGUAUUGCUCUUCGAUACCUUUUUUUAAGACAUUAACGCCGAGAGUGAGUUUACUGCAUUGAAAAUGGGCAAAUGCUGACAAUGCAUUACAGUCUCGAAUAAUAUAUACCUGAGAAGAAAUUGUAGAUAGUGCUGAUGUACAUAUAGGAUUAGAGCCCCUUGUGAUACGCCUGGAGGAGAAUUCUGUGUACAUUGUUGCCGUAAAGUGUGAAAUAUGUACAGAUAGUGAUACGGUUUUCUUUUUCCGAUUGUGUUAGUUAUAUAUCGCGUCACUCGGGUAACACUAUUGUAUAUUAUUAUUAGGUAAAAAUAAGGAACGACGAAUCAAAUUUGUAUUGUAGCAAAACUAACUUAGAAUUAUGAGGAACCGUCAAUUAUAGUUUUGCUUGAGCUUGACGACCCAAUGCUUGGUUUUAUUUUAAUAAUAAAAUAAAACUAUCUAGCAGGAAAGAGAAGGAAGAAGAAAGGCAACUUUAACAUUUCGCUUGUCUAGCUGAAAUGGUAAUGGUAUAGAUGGUUAUACUUAUUUAAUUGUCGUGGUUACAUAAGCUGUGUUAUCAGAAAGCAGGUGAAAGCAGUAAAAGUUGUUAUAUUUGAUUACUUUUAAUAAUUUACUCCUGCUUUUUAUCCUAAAACAUAAGUUUUCUACAGUGCUUUUACACUGAUUUAUAUCGCGCAUCCUUGAUUACUGAAGAGAAGAUUCUGAUACAUGUACAAGUUGUUCACAUGGACGGUUUAUUAGUUAAGCCUAUCCGAUAGAUAUAUUUCACUAAAGCUAUCUACCACUUAAAUGAUUAAAUAAUAUUUGACCGAUUGAUUUUAACUGAUAAAUUUUUUAAUGUGUUAAAGUUAAAAAUAUAUGAGUAAAAUUAUUUACCCAACCCAUUUGGCUCCACAUACCCAUGAAAGUAUCAAUUUUAAUUUAAAUUAAAGUAUUAGAUAACUUUCAUAUCAAUUCCUUCUACUUAUAUUCCUUAAAUUCUAUUUCAACAUUUUUAACAUUAUAGAGAAACUUUGUUUUCAAUGAGUUGAGUUUGAAAAUGUUAUUUAUUACACUAAUUCUUUUUUCAUUAUGAAAACAAAAUUUUUUAAAUGAACCCUUUAAUAUAUCUUUUAAAGCUCCAGUUUACGUAGGUUCGAUCUAAAAAAAUUUUAAAACAACGUGUCACAUGAAGUAUAUAGGCUUGGUCGAGAAACAGCGCAGCUCAAAGUUCUUUAAACAAGUGCCCAGGAAUAUGCGAAUUUUCGGGUGACACCUAAUAAGUUCACAAUAGAUCUGUACCUCUCAUUGAAUAUGGGAGUUGCAUGGUAGCCUGCUGUGGUGAAGGUUGAGCGAUCCAAGUGUUAAUUAAUGUUCAAAAUACUUGCAUUAAAAAUAUUCCUAAUCCAUAAUUGUUGUAAGAGAGCGGUUUUAGAGACGUACAUUUUAGCUCUGUUUAUCCAUAUAAUUUCUUAAUUUUCUAAAUAUUUGCUGUUCAGAAUCGGAUACAAUAUUUUCUUGGAAAACCCAAUUAUCAUUUGUUCUUUAUUAAUAACUCUGUGUCGAGCGGUAAAAACGUCCGAGUCGUUUAAAUUUUAUCCUCAUUUAUGAAGUAGAUUCUUCUGGUACGUGUAGUCAUUAUGUUGCUAGAAAAUUGUCUAUAUAUCAAGCUUGAGUCUAAUUAUUUCAGUGUUGGUAAUAUGCAAUUCAGUUCUCUUCAAUUGGUAAAUGUAUGAGUAUUCAAUAUAAAUAUAUCAAUUUAAAUAUCGAAAUUCACUUGAAGUUUUUGCGUGUUUCGUCUUGAUUGUAAUUGUUUGUAAUAUUUCAUGAACUGUAUCUUGGAAUUUGAAUCAAAUUGUAUGGAAAUGAAUUAGAGUGAACAUAAAGCUCCUUUCGGUUUCGUAUAAUUUGUAAAAGAUAUAUGUGGCGUUCUGCAGAGUCCACCAGAUUAAGUAUUAUUAUAUAAUGGGCAAAUUUUUAAUGAACAUAAUUUUUCGAAUAUCCAACGAUUAUUUUGACUUUAAACAAUAUCUAAUCCGUAGCCACACGCAUGAAAUCUAAAAAACGAUCUCGAUCAAGGCUUCAAGUCUGAACUCAACUCUGAUUAGUAGUAAUCGUAUGAUGGUAACUUGUUAAAUGCACGAUUCCUCGACAUUGUCUUGUAACGUACAAUGACUCCAUACGCCACACAAAUCUCAGGACACUUCAGUCUGAUAAUAUCUUGUGUAACUAACAGGUUUUGGUUGUUUAAGUGGUGUGUCUGUAUGAUUCAUUAGGCUUGGAGUAUAGGUCACGAAUAUCAAUUAUGUCACGUUGUGUUCUAACGCUGGUCACUUGAUUAUAACGGACACUCCCAGGAUCAUAAUGUCUCGGGCCUGAUAUGUCUCGGAUCAUGUCAUAAUGUCAUAAUGUCUCGGAUCAUUAUGUCUCGGGUCCGGUACUUAAGUGAAGCAAUUCCCGGGUGAGUUCUGAUUGUCCUGGAUAAGAAAGGUGGUGUCGCUUUGGCUGGUCGUGAAACUUUAUUUAUCUACUGAAUUUAAGUGAAGCAGUCUUUGUCACACGAGUAUUAGAAAUUUCCAGUUUCUUCGAAAACUCACGUUUUAUUGCUAUCUGAAUCUUGAUAUUCACGAAUGAAUUUGAAUAUUAUUAUUAACGGACACAUUUUAUUUUUUUU